CCAGAAUCCUAAGUAAAAUUGAACAGUGCCCAAACAUCUCGCUUCAAGAAAUAACUGCAGAGUGCCAGAGAUUAGUAAACUUGAAGCAUGAUACCUCCAUGGUCGAAAACAAGGGCCUCUCAUCAUACGUGCAUUCCAUUAGUGAAAAGAAAAAUUCCAAUUCGGCCCAAAAACCCAAAAUGAAUCCACCUUCUGCUUGCUGGCACUGCGGUUCAUGGCACUAUGUACGGAACUGCCCAUUUAGGCAGCAUAGAUGCAGGAAGUGUAAAGUCAUCGGUCAUAAAGAUGGCUUUUGCCUACAGAAAAAGCCAAAGCGAUCCAGAAGUGCUAAGAAGCCUGUUCCUAGAUCCAGUACCAAUGCAUUGAGCCUAAUAUCUUCCUGCCAAAGCUCAUCACCAGAAUGCAAAUAGAUACUGCAUCUGAUGUCACUAUCCUCUCACGCAAAAAUUGGACCAAAUUGGGCAACCCAAGCCUGCAGCACACAACACAAAAGCCGCGUACAGCAUGUGGUAAUUAUCUUCGUCUGUUAGGACAAUUGGAAUGUAAAGUUGCUUUUCGAGAUUCGUCGUUUACUGGGAUUGGUUCGACCAGCUAAAAUUGGCUGAUGUCCCGCUAAAUACCAUAUGCAACCUGGUAUCACAACGACAUGACCCAGAAGCGUAUACGAAGAACCACGCAGAAUGUUAUCUGACAACCGCAGUUCGCGCAUUACCGGUGUCUACAACAGACAUACAAAAUGCUUCUAGAAACGACCCCAUCAUCAAGAUGACGAUGAAAUAUGUCACUAACGGUUGGCCGUCGAAAAAGUUUGAAGGUGACAUGAAGCAACUGUAUCAACGGCGGGAGUCACUAUGCAUCGUCAACGAUUGUCUCAUGUUUGGUGAAAGAGUAGUGGUUCCAGAAUCCCUUCGUGCAAAAGUGCUGAGACAGUUUCAUCUUGGUCAUCCUGGGAUUAAACGAAUGAAGUCCAUAGCCAGGAGUUAUGCAUACUGGCCUCACAUGGAUCAACAUGUCACAGCGUUGGUUGAAAAAUGCAUGCGGUGUCAGCAGGCGGCAAAGAUGAAUGCCAAAAUUCCGCCGGUUUCAUGGCCCAAACCUGAGCAUCCUUGGUCCAGGAUACAUGUCGACUUCGCUGGCCCAAUAAAUGGAACUAUGUAUUUAAUUGUCGUCGACGCCUUUUCUAAAUGGCCGGAAAUCAGCCCCGUUAUGCCGCCCACUACAACUAAGACUAUACAGCUCCUAACUGAAAUUUUCUCACGAAAUGGCAUACCAGAUGUGAUCGUAUCCGACAAUGGCUCUCAAUUCACCUCUUCCCAAUUCCAGAAUUUCUGUCAACGGCUAGCUAUUAAACACUUACGCUCGCCACCAUACCACCCGCAAUCGAAUGGGCAGGCGGAAAGGUUUGUGGAUACGUUUAAAAGAGCACUGCUCAAGUCAAAAGGGGAGGGGACGCCAGCCGAAACGCUACAAAAUUUCUUGUACGUCUAUCGGACAACACCAAAUGAAUUGUUACCGGAGCAAAAGUCCCCAGCUGAAAUCCUGAUGGGAAGAAGAUUGAAAACGAUUCACAGCCUGAUGCAUCCGACCAAUGCACCCUCAUCAGUAGAGACAAAGCAGCAAAGACAAUCCGCUUACGAGGUGGGAUGCCCUGUGUUUGCCCGCGACUACAGAACGAACCAUGGUCCUUGGGUAGAAGCGAGAGUGGUCAGAAGGGUUGGUCGAGUUAUGUACGAAGUAGAGGUAGGAGGUGAUAAAUGGUCACGUCAUCGGAAUCAGAUACGCAGACGGCUAGCCCCAGAUCGCCCAUCAAGAGCAGAAAGCCUUCCCCUUGACAUCUUGCUUGAUACCUUCAACCUACCGAGAGCCCCGCCACGAGAAGAAACUCAGCAGCAAGCUGUUCUUCGUUCCCGAAGGUAUCCCCUCAGACAGCGGCGAACAAUAGUCAAGAUGCAAGUCGACCCCAGGAGAACAAGCUAUUAAAAAGGGG